AUGUCGACCGCCGAGCUCGCUUCUUCCUACGCGGCCCUCAUCCUCGCCGAUGAUGGUGUCGAGAUCACUGCCGACAAGCUCCAGACCCUGAUCAAGGCUGCCAAGGUCGAGGAGGUUGAGCCCAUCUGGACCUCUCUGUUCGCCAAGGCUCUUGAGGGCAAGGACGUCAAGGACCUGCUCUCUAACGUCGGCUCCGGCGGUGGUGCUGCUGCCCCCGCUGCUGGCGCUGCCGCUGCCGGCGGUGCCACCGAGGCUGCUGCCGAGGAGGCUCCCAAGGAGGAGGAGAAGGAGGAGUCCGACGAGGACAUGGGCUUCGGUCUCUUCGACUAA